AUGGUGACUGGGGAACAAAACUUGGAGUUGUGUAGAUUUCCAACACUAGAGGAAUUUAAGGAUGCAGUUUUUAAGCUAAGUGGAGAUAGUGCCAGUGGUCAUGAUGGCUUUACUGGACUAUUUUAUCAAGAGUGCUGGAAAUCUUCAGGUUUCUUCAAGUCCACAAGGGGAGUGAAGCAAGGAGAUCCUUUAUCACCUAUUUUAUUUAUUUUGUCAGCUGAAUUACUGUCUAGGUCCUUGAAUCAGCUUUUUGAAGACAAGUCAUUCAUUGGAUUUGGUAUGCCCAAGUGGUCGGGUCAUUUGAACCACUUGGCAUAUGUUGAUGACACAAUAAUACUUGCCUCAGCUCAUCCUACGUCACUGAGUAAGAUCAUUGGAAUACUGGGCAGAUAUGAACAGAUAUCGGGACAACUGAUCAAUAAAGCUAAGAGCUUGUAUUACAUGCAUGCCAAUGUUGCACAUGAUUUGUGCUGGUCAGUAGGUAACAUUACAGGUUUUGCUAGAGGACAAUUCCCAUUCACAUAUUUAGGGUGUCCAAUCUUCUACACUAGAAGGAGAAAUGAUUACUAUGAUGAUCUUGUAAAGAAAGUAAAGGCUAAAUUGCAUUCUUGGAAAGGAAAACUUCUCUCUUUUGGUGGAAAGGCAACACUAAUUAUCAGUGUGUUGCAGAGUAUGCCAGUGCACCUACUAUCAGUGUUGGAUCCACCUAACAACAUUCUUGUCCACUUGCAUAAAAUCUUUGCACGUUUCUUUUGGAGCAACAAACAGGAAGGUAGGAGCAGACAUUGGGCUUCCUGGCAGAAUCUAUGUCUUCCCAAAGAUGAAGGUGGUUUAGGGUUUAGGUCUCUCCAUGAUGUAUCAAAAACUUUGUUUGCUAAACUAUAG